AUGAACCCUAAUUAUAGGGAGAUUCUUAAAUAGAUAAUGAAUUUUAAAUAAGAAAGAACGAAACCAUUGAUAUCAGGUAUGCUUGUUAAGUUAGUAAUUUAUUUAUUAAAGAUAGAUUAUUGGAUUGUUUUUUGCAUGGCCAAUUUUGUAAUCAUAUCAUGAAAUCUUAAUUGGAUAUAAAGAACUUGAUCACUAAUACAUUAUCUAUAUAAGUUAUGCACUUAUGAUUUUUAUUAUGAAUUUGUUCAUACCUCAUAGUGAUUUCUUCCUAAAGAAAUUAGGACCUCAAACUUUAAUCUGCAUCUUUGUUUGCUCCAUCGGGAUUUCUUUUAUGCUGAUAGCUAUAUUUGAUUAAGUAUAAAUAUUUGAAUAGUUUAAAAAAAGAAUUGGUUCCUCCAUGUUUUUCUUUAGCUAUUUAUCAUUGCUCCAUCAAUAGGAAUUUUGUACCCAACUCCAUUUCUCAUAACAUAGAGAUACUUUGUUAAAUAAAAAUGUAUUAGCUUUAUGUACAUUUCAUAGAACACUUAAAUUCAAUAUUCUAAAUUUUCAUUGGAAUAGGUGCCUUUUUUGGAUUACUAAUCUUUAAUUCAAAUUAAGAAAAUUAACUAGAAUUAUAUUUUGAUAACAAUAAAUAUUUUUGUGGAGAAUGCUAUAAUCUUCAAACUAGGAGAUCUUUUAAAGAAUUGACAUUUUGGGUUUUGAUUUUAGGAAUAUUUGCUGUUCUACUAGUUAAAUAACCAAAUGAAGAUGUUGUUGAUUAUGAUCUCUUAGAAUUUACACAUUUAGAUCUAAAAUAAUAAUAAAAUUGCUAGCAUUCUUCAAAUGAGAAUGAUGAAUCAUAUGAUUAUUCAAUUACAUUCACCGAGUCAUUGUCCACAAAACCAUUUUUAAUAAUGUCAAUUUUAGUAUUAUCAUCAUCUCUUUUACCAUAUUUGAUUUUUUGUUAAUAUUAGAGAAUUCAGUUUGCUUUAGGCAUAUCUUAUAAAAAAUCAUCUAGUGCUUUUUCUAUAUCUAUAUUAUUUUAUGGAUUUACAAGAUUGGCUUAUAACUAUUUUAUUUCAGAUUGGUCGUACAAACUUAUUAUAAAAAGAUUUUGUUAAGCAAAUGUAUAAAUAAAAUAUUAAUUAUUUAGAUGAUUUUAAUUCUGACAUUAGAAGCUUUAAUUUGGUUUGAAAAUCCUUUUUUUAUUAACAUUAUUUGUUCCAUAUAAAUUGUUAGUUUAGCCAUUUUGUUUUCUAUAAUUAGUAGUUAGAUUCCUAAAAUUUUUGGAUCUAUGGCAAGCUAAGGGAUAUUUUAUUUUAUGUUGGCUAUAAUGGGUUUAGGUGCUGUAAUUUCAAAUAGUAUUUGGUAUUUUUUUCCAUAAGAGGUAGAUUAAUAAAUAUAUUUAGAAUACAAUAAUGGUUUUAUUCUAUAUUAGUACUAAAGUUUUUCUUGGAUAAAUGUUUGUGUAUCAAAUUAUUACAUGAUUUUAAUAAAAAAUUAUAAAAUAUUAUUGAGAAUUAAAUACUAACUGAUUGCAAUAUAUAAUUCAAAAUAAUAAUGUAUUACACUCCAUCUAGGCCGGCUGAGAAUGAUAAAUUUCCAACUCGUCAUUAAAAGCCUCCAGGUUAGAAUCCUUAAUAUCUUCAAAAAUUACCUGAAGAUCCUCGAAGAGUUGAUGAUUAUUAAGGCAAUCCUUAAGAACGUCCCCCUCCUCAAUAGAAACCUAUGUAUUAAGAACAAGGUCCAGAAAGAUAUCCAAUACCUCAAAGACCGAUGGAUCAUCCGUAAGAUCGACCCCAUCCUCCUUAUGGCAAUAUGGCCAGAGGAUUUGAACGACCUCCACCAGGUUUCAAUCCUUAAUUUCCUCCUCCACCUGAUAGAUACAAUAAUGCUCCAUAUGAACCAGUCUAUCCUGAUGAUCGAUAUUAUAGACCAAUAUCUGCUCCAUAUGGUAGUCCUUAUGGUGCAAGAUAGUAACCGUAUGGGGAACCAUCUCCUUAAGGUUUAAGAGGACCAGCAAGAGCAUAUGAUCCAAGAAGAGGAGGACCACCUCAAGAUUUUAGAGGGCCUCCACCUGAAUAUAGAGGUUUGCCUCCACCUGAUUUUCGAGAUGUUCCUCCUGAAUUUAGAGGAAUUCCUCCUCCAGAAUAUAGAAGAAUGAUGCCUCCUAAUUAUUAAGGACCUGAAUAUAGAAGAGGAAUGCCAGAACCAAUGGGAUAUCGUGGCGAUUAUAGCAGAGAUGUUGCAUAAAGAGGUCCAGAUUUCAGAGGUGGACCACCACCUGAUUAUAGAGGUGGAUCUCCUCCUGAUUAUAGAGGUGGACCACCACCUGAGUAUAGAGGUGGACCUCCUCCAGAAUAUAGAGGUUUACCUCCUCAAGAUUUUAGGAAACCUCCUCCUCCUGAUUAUAGAGGUGUGCCUCCACCACCUUCUGAAUAUAGAAUGCCUCCUGCUAAUUAUAGAGGGCCUCCACCAGAAUAUGGUAGAGGUAUGGAUCCAAGAGGACUACCACCUUAAGAGAUGAGAGGAUUACCACCUCCAGGUGAGUUGAGAAGAGGUCCUGGAUAUCCUUAAAGAGGAGCACCUUCUAAUGAAUUUUAUAGAGGAGAUUAUCUUCCUUAAUAUCAAAGAGGUGAUGAUUAAGUAUAUAGAGGUGGACCUGGUGGAAGGGAUUUUGAACCAAGACGACCUUUAUCACCUUAAGCUCAAAGAAGAGAUCAUGGAUAUAAUGAGUUUAGUUCACCAUAAUAAAGAAUUAAGCAAGCUUGA